GGUGGUGUGCCGGUGGUUCGCAUGUUCCGAGAAAAGUGCUGUAUUUUUACACCCGAAAGCGGCAAAACGAAAGUAAAUACACACGGCAGUGACCAGCUCACUGGUGCAGCUUUGCUAGUUCCGCUACUGUCCACCGCACGUGAUGGCGCUCGCCGAACAAACGUCACCGUUCAAACUGCCAUAAACGUCAACCAACGUCAAAUUCCGAUUGGCGGCCAUUCAGCAUCACAAUAACGAAAAUCUCGAUCGGCGCGCGCUUGUUUUCGUGCCCGGCUGAGCAUUAGUUUUUAGCGCUUUUCUGUGUGUGUGUCUUUUCUGCCCUAGCAAUGUCCCGCCGGAAACCAGGGCCGGCUGAUGCGGGCGGUGCCAAGCGCCCGAAGCGUGCCAACAAUCUGUACACCCGGCCGGAGAAGAUCCCGCUCGGGACGGUUCUAACCGAUGCGCUCAACGUACCGUGGAAGGUGGGACCAUCGAUCGGUGCCGGCGGGUUCGGGGAGAUUUACUGCGCAUACUGCUUCACCCAUGCUGCCCCUAAAACGGUCGCCGAUUAUCCCAACGUUGUGAAGAUCGAACCGCAUGAGAAUGGGCCACUGUUUGUCGAGACUCACUUCUACCGCAAAAUAUGCAAGGUGGACGACAUCGAACGGUACCGGAAGCUGCGCAAGCUGAAGCACCUUGGCAUGCCGCAGUACCUUGCCAGUGGAUCGCACACGCUGAACGGUGUCAAGCAUCGGUUUCUGGUGAUUCCCCGGUUCGGUGCCAGCUUGCAGUCGGUUUACGUACAGAACGGCAACUGUCUGCCGCUGGCGACUGUUUGCCGCGCUGCGAUGCAGAUGCUGGACGUGCUGGAGUACAUCCACUCGAACCAGUACGUGCACGCGGAUCUGAAGGGCGACAACAUUCUGUUCGGGAUGGGUGAUCGUGGCCGGGAGCGGCUGUAUCUGGUAGAUUUCGGCAUGGCGAGCCGGUUCGUGGUGGAGGAUCAGUUCAAGCCGGACCCGCGCAAGAAGCACAACGGUACGAUCGAGUACACGUCGCGUGACGCACACCAGGGCGUGAUGACGAUGCGGGGUGAUCUGGAGAUAUUGGCCUACAAUAUGAUCGAGUGGGCCGGGGGCAGUUUGCCCUGGAAGGAGGACAAGCUGCUGAAGGAUUGCAACAAGGUGCAGCAGAUGAAGGAGGAAGGUAUGGGCGAUGUGGCUGGUUUGCUGAAGCGUAGCUUCCGGAAGCAUGCGGCAGUGCCGAAGGUGUUGCAGCCGUUUCUGGAAUUUGUGCACGGGAUGCGCUACAACGAAACGCCCAAGUACACCGCUUGUACUAAAAUAUUCGAAAAGGCACUCAAAACGCUGGGAGCAUCGAAUACGGGCGUGCUGGAGGUAAGCAUUGCUAACAGCACGAACGUGAACGAUUCCUCGGGACCGAUGAACAAAACGAAGGGAAAGAAACGCCGGACACUGGACACCUCGGUAUCGAACGGGCUGGCCGACACGGUACCGAACACGCCGGAAUACGACGACGAGCACAGCGACAGAGCGCGCACCCCGAAACGAAAUCAAAGGUCAGCCGUACUAAGUCCUUCGCUGGUAAAGCAAACGAAAGGGCGCACUACGAACCGAUCGCACGCGGUGGUAGCGGACACGGUGCCCAACACGCCGGAGGACGAUGAUGAAGAUUCGCCCGUGCUCUCGCAAAGAGCUAAGCGCAGAAUGGACCGUGCCGAUGCGUCUGCCAUUGCUGCUGCGGCUGCAUCACCAAGGGUGAAAAAACCUCUCCUGCCUAACCCACGGAAAAUGGCUUUGCCUGACACGGAGCCAAACACUCAGUACGAUGAGGAGGACGACGAGCAGGACGAAGAGCUUUCCCGUGCCCUAUCGAAAGUGAGACGAAACCCGAAGAAGGAACCAAUGGAACCACCGCGUGGAGGAGGGAAGGCGCACGGUGCAAAGGUAGCUGUCGAAGAAAAUCGAUCCACCCGGCGCAAGGAGAAAACGGUCACGGUGGUACAGAGUGCGUCAGCGCAGGGUAUAAACAUACGCAUCGAAACGCCAAGAAAGAAGCGCACGCGAAAUGCCGAUACUUCCCAGUCGCCCCAGGAAAUCACCAUCCAGCUGACGCUGAACGCAAACGUGUCGGUCAAUGCGCGGGGCAAGAAGAAUGGCGCCGUUGUGAUUAGUGCGGCCCAGCAGAACAUGUCGCUGGAGUCGAGCAGGAAUGACGAAUCGCUGGAAGCAUCGCAGGAUGUUAUCGAUAUCUCGUCGGCCACCGAGGACAACAACGUAUCGCGAAGUUUGUUUGAUGAUUAUUGAUGAAACCUUGCGACGGGUGCUGGAACGUGUUUCGUUUGAUUUAAUGGUAUUACGUAUGAGUUUGAAGUAAUUGUUAAAUUAAUGCUCAUUCGCAAAGAUAGGUAGGGUAGUCUGCAUUGUUGCGCUUACACGCACACACACACUGCUCAGCAAGUAGGAAAAGGUUUCGAAUUGGAAUUUUCUCCCGAUACAACUCUCUGGUAGAUGUUUUGUUCAUUCCGUUAGAAGUUACAAGCCACCUCAGCUAUUAUUUCCCCUUUUUUUGAAAGAUUUAAAAGAGAGCGAACACGAAUGAAUUGUUACGUUUUGUGCGAAAACCAGAUGGCUUGGCAAAUACCGAACAAAGAAGGACCAUUACUUAGCCAUUCGCUACCGUCUGUUGAAUGCGUCGAUAAAAUACUAACGAUCGUUGGCUUUUGUUUUGUUGUUUCAGGCCAAUACAACGUCUUUCUGUUUGAAUUAUUCGCGUGCCAACAAAUCAACGAAUUGUGUUUUUUUUUCAGUUACUAGUUUUCUUUACAUGACACACAGUACUAAUUCGAAUGAUAGAGGAGUAGACAUAUUGAUUGUACGAUGUAUACUGACACAUUCGUCUCUUAAUGAAGAAAAUAAAACGAUUCUCACUUUAAA